AGCCGCUUCCACCCGCAGCUGUCAGCCUUCAGGCAUUGAACCAGAAGGACCGCACCAUGACCUCCCAGCUGCAGACCGCCAUGGAGGGCCUCAUCGAGGUGUUCCACUCCUACUCUGGAAAAGAAGGAGACAAGUACAAGCUGAGCAAGCUGGAGCUGAAGAGCCUGCUGCAGGGCGAGCUCGCCGACUUCCUGGCCGCCAGCAAGGACCCCCGCGUGGUGGACAAGAUCUUCGCCGACCUGGAUGAGAACAAGGACGGCGAAGUGGACUUCCAGGAGUUCGUGGUUCUGGUCGCCGCGCUCACCGUCGCCUGCAACGAGUUCUUCAUCGGCUGCCACGAGAGCAGCGUGGCGAGCAAGGAGCACCCGGCCUCCAAGAAAGUCUAACAUGGCACCCAUUUGAAACCAAUAAUUCUCUGUCCAUGUCGAUCAUUUUAGGGGCGUUGAGCUCAACCAACGCCCCUUUUGUAACGAUGAA